CCACGAUGCUGUCCUGCGCCUCGUUCAACAAACUGAUGUAUCCGACAGCGGCAGAUGUCGCCAAGUCGCCAAUGGGGGGCGUGGGCAUGGACGGGAUCGGAUCCCUGGCCAGCCUGCAGGCCCUGCCCUCGACCACAUCGGUGGGCAGCGGAGCUCCCAGCGAGACCCAGAGCGAGAUCUCUUCGGUGGACAGCGAUUGGAGUGACAUACGCGCCAUCGCCAUGAAGUUGGGCGUGCAAAAUCCAGACGAUCUGCACACCGAACGGUUCAAGGUUGAUCGCCAGAAACUGGAGCAGUUGAUAAAGGCUGACAGCGUCAUCGAGGGCAUGAAUGGAGCCGAAUAUUUCUUUCAUGACAUGAUGAACACGACGGAUACCUAUGUGAGCUGGCCUUGCAGACUCAAAAUCGGAGCCAAGAGCAAGAAGGAUCCCCAUGUGAGAAUUGUGGGCAAGGUGGACCAGGUGCAGCGUGCCAAGGAGCGCAUCCUGAGCAGCCUUGACUCGAGGGGCACCCGUGUGAUCAUGAAAAUGGAUGUCAGCUACACGGACCACUCGUACAUCAUCGGACGCGGCGGCAACAACAUCAAACGCAUCAUGGACGAGACCCAUACCCACAUACACUUCCCGGACUCGAACCGCUCCAAUCCCACCGAGAAGUCAAACCAGGUGUCGCUGUGCGGCAGCCUGGAGGGCGUGGAGCGUGCCCGGGCCCUCGUGCGGCUCUCCACGCCACUUCUCAUCUCCUUCGAGAUGCCCGUGAUGGGGCCCAGCAAGCCGCAGCCGGACCAUGAGACGCCCUACAUCAAGAUGAUCGAGAGCAAGUUCAAUGUGCAGGUCAUAUUUUCCACACGUCCCAAGCUGCACACCUCGCUGGUUUUGGUCAAGGGAUCGGAAAAGGAAUCUGCCCAGGUCCGAGAUGCCACUCAGCUGCUGAUCAACUUUGCCUGCGAGAGCAUUGCAAGCCAAAUCCUUGUCAAUGUCCAAAUGGAGAUCUCGCCGCAGCACCACGAGAUCGUCAAGGGCAAGAAUAAUGUGAAUCUGCUGAGCAUCAUGGAGCGUACCCAGACCAAGAUCAUCUUCCCCGAUCUGAGCGACAUGAAUGUGAAGCCGCUGAAGAAGUCGCAGGUCACGAUCAGCGGGCGCAUCGACGACGUCUACUUGGCGCGACAACAAUUGCUAGGCAAUUUGCCCGUAGCGUUGAUUUUUGACUUUCCGGACAACCAGAACGAUGCCUCCGAAAUAAUGAGCCUCAACACCAAGUAUGGCGUGUACAUAACGUUGCGCCAGAAGCAACGCCAGAGUACACUGGCCAUUGUGGUCAAGGGCGUGGAGAAGUUUAUAGACAAAAUUUACGAGGCCCGCCAGGAGAUCUUGCGCCUGGCCACGCCCUUCGUAAAGCCUGAAGUCCCCGACUUCUACUUUAUGCCCAAGGACAAGGACCUUAACCUGGCCUAUCGCACUCAGCUGACCGCCCUAUUGGCCGGCUACGUGGACAGUCCCAAGACCCCAUCUCUGCUGCCCCCCGUCCUCUCCGGCCAGCUUACGCCCUACGCCAACAACAACCACUUGCUGCUCAACGCCAAUGGCCUGGCCACGCCCACUGGCAUAUGUGCGCCCACCCAGAAGUACAUGCAGCUGCACAACAGCUUCCAGCAGCAGAGCCAGCAGCAGCAGCAUCAGCAGCAGCAGGCGCAGGGUCGUCCGCUGGUGGUCAACCACAACAACAACUACCUGCAGGUGCCACCAGGUGUGGCCGGAGUGGCGCCGCUCAAACAGCCGCCCCCGCCGUCCGCGGGCAUAAAUGUCUCGCCGCGGAACAGCUGCAGCCAAAAUACGAGUGGCUACCAGAGCUUCAGCAGUAGCACCACCUCGCUGGAGCAGUCGUAUCCGCCGUACGGCCAGGUUCCGGGCGCAGUGUCCUCCAGUUCAUCUUCCUCGGCGGCGGCGGCUGCGGGUGGACUGGGAGCUGGAUGUGGCAAUAGUCGGGCGCACUACUCCCCGGACUCCACUUACGGCAGCGAGGCGGGCAGCGUGCCAGGCGGCGGCGGCGGUGGAGGAGCAGCCCGGCUGGGGCGACGCCUCAGCGACGGCGUCCUCCUGGGCCUCAACAACUCCAAUGGAGUCGGAGGAGGAGCCCACCUGCUGCCAGGAAGUGCCGAGAGCUACCGCAGCCUGCACUACGACCUGGCUGGCAGCGGAGGUGCCGGCCACAAGCACGCAGUCCACCGCGCCUUCGACUUUGACAUGAAGAGGGCCCUGGGCUACAAGGCCAUGGAACGGACACCGGUGGCGGGGGAACUGCGCACGCCCACGCCCGCCUGGAUGGGCAUGGGCCUAAGCUGCACCUCGCCGGCACCCGUCGACACGGCGGAUGACAAUGGUAACGCGGGAGCAGGAGCAAUAGGAGGAGGCGGUGCAGGCUGGCGACUGCCACCGGGCCUAGGGUCUCCGUACGGACUCAGUGCCACCACCGGACUGCUGGAUGCCACGCCCGUAAAUCGGCGUAUGCAGCUGGCCCAGCAUAAGGACAUUCAGACGCUGCUAACCAGCUUGGGUCUGGAGCAUUAUAUCAAAUUAUUUGUGCAUAACGAAAUUGAUUUGGAGGUGUUCACCACGCUGACCGAGGAGAACAUGAUGGAGCUGGGCAUCACUGCGUUUGGAGCUCGCAAGAAGCUGCUGGCGGCCAUUCACACGCUGCUGGCAAACGAGGCAGCCUGCAGCAGCAUGCCCAGCAGCAGCUCCUCGCAGAACUCCUCGUCGCCGCGUUUUUCGGGCAGUGCGGCUCCCGGCGCUGAGCGCCGUCCCUCCAACCAGUGGUGAUCUGCCACCGAGCGUCUAUUUAUUCACUUCCAUAGCUAGGUAGUUAUUGCAUGCCCACCCCACCAAUCGUAGUGCAGGUGAAUCGGAAAACGGAAAAAUCCGGAAAAAUAAUAGAGACCACCGGAUCCUGGGGUACACACAGAACUUCCCGCAGGUGCGCGUAGCAGCUAGGCCUUGACCUUGACUUAUACUCGCAUUUGUACUCAAAUUCCAAGUAGCAGUGCUGCGCAGGGAAGGGUGCCCUCUGGAUUCCAAUGCCUAGGUCCUAGUAGUUUCCUUCUUUUUAAGCCAAUAAUUUAUUGUGAAAGUAUUUAUAGAAAACCAAAACAGAAAAGCGUCUACAUCAAAAAUAUUGUGAAUUAUUUAUGAAAUCUAACUAAACGCGAGAAUGUAUUGUAAGAAAUGAAUUUAUGUAAAACAAUUGAAAAAAGCAACAAAAAAAAAACAUAUAUAAAAAAACCACAGCAUGUAUUAAGUGAUAAGCAAAACAGUCACGUACAAAACAUUUGAUAUGAAUAAAUUGAUGUCUAUGAAAAACUAA